UCUUGCCUGGGGUUCUUACACCAGAUUAUCUACUGUAUAAUUUUAUUAAUUCCAGCUUACAACAAUUUUACAUUGUAUCAUACCUAUGAUUAUCCUACAAAAUUUAUUUUCAAAUUUAUUCUUCAAGUUGAAAUUCAAAAGAAACGCAGCAAGCUAUCAAGAUUGAGCUGAAGCAGUCAGAAAAAAAUGCUUAAAAAUAAGCAAAACGAAGAUAUUGGAAAGCAGCAUGAGGUAACCUACACAGAACUGAAUUUUUCCAAAUCUCCACAGAAGCAAAGAGUACCCAAGACAGGCCAGAGCAAUGUCAUAUCAAGUGAACAGCAAGUAACAUAUAUGGAACUGAAAUUUCCCUCUUCUCAUCUUCAGCACAAAAAACGGUUUGAUAGGAAAAAAAGAAAAGACCACCAAUCUAUGGCAUGGCAAGUGACAACUGGGAGUUUAGGGGUCUUGUGUAUAAUCCUGAUGACAACAGUGGGUGUCUUGCUUGCAAACUUAUUUUCUAGCAGAGAAGAGGAAAACCAAAAAAUAUCACUUAUUCCUACUCUAUCUUCUAAAAAUGGUGAAUGUUCCUGUGAUCUUUGUCCAAAUCACUGGAUUGGAUUUGGAAAUAGUUGUUAUCAUCUUUCCAGUGAACCCAAAACCUGGCCAGAGAGCCAUGCUGCCUGUGCUGAGCUGAAUUCCCAUCUUCUGAAGAUAGACGUCAAUGAAGAGCUGAAAAUCUUAUCAAUCUUUGAAAUGAAAGGAUGGGUAGGUCUCAAAAUCAAUGAAACCAAUGGGUCCUGGUUAUGGGAAGAUGGCACCAAAGUGAUCCAAAGCCUAUUAACUUUUCUGAAAGAGAAGAACCACAAAUGUGCAUAUAUGGUGAGAAAAUAUAUUUAUACGGAUGACUGUUCAUCUAGGAGAAGUUACAUCUGUGAGUUUACUAUAUAG